CGGGGCUUGAGCUCCGCCUGCGCUCUCGGAAACAGACGCUGUCCCGGCUCGCCCGCCCCGCCGCGCUUUCCCGCGCCUUGCGGCGCCCACAUUGUUCUCUCAGGACUCGGGGGCCCAGGGGCGGACUCCGGCCCGGAGCCGGGGAGGGAGACCCCGGUCUUGGCCGAGGGCUCGGAGGUUCGGCCGGGCCUGCCCUCCCCGCGGCGCUUUGCGGGUGUGGAUUAGCUCAUCCCGCGGGCGCGCCGGCUGCCGCCUCCCCGCUCCCGGCGGUGCGGCCCGCGGCGGCCCCGCAGCAUGAGGCGCUGCUGGCGGCUCGGGGCCGUGGCGCGGCCGCUGCGGCGGCGGCUGCUGGCGGGGCGCUGAGGGACCGUGGAGCAGCGCGGGGCCGCGAGGCUCUUCUCCAGCCGAGAGGACGCGGCUGUGACACGGAGACCUCGUGUGGACAGUAAUGACCUCACGUUUCCGAUUGCCUGCUGGCAGAACCUACAAUGUACGAGCAUCCGAGUUGGCCCGAGACAGACAGCACACAGAGGUGGUUUGCAACAUUCUUCUUCUGGAUAACACUGUACAAGCUUUCAAAGUUAAUAAACAUGAUCAGGGGCAAGUUCUUUUGGAUAUAGUCUUCAAGCAUCUGGAUUUGACUGAGCGUGACUAUUUUGGUUUACAGUUGGCUGAUGAUUCCACAGAUAACCCAAGGUGGCUGGAUCCAAACAAACCAAUAAGGAAGCAGCUAAAGAAACUGCUUUUAUUAAUUCUAGGAGGAUCUCCUUACAGUUUGAAUUUUAGAGUCAAAUUUUUUGUAAGUGACCCCAACAAGUUACAAGAAGAAUAUACAAGGUACCAGUAUUUUUUGCAAAUUAAGCAAGACAUUCUUACUGGAAGGUUGCCCUGUCCUUAUAGUACUGCUGCCCUUUUGGCUUCAUUUGCUGUUCAGUCUGAACUUGGAGACUAUAAUCAGUCAGAAAACUUGCCAGGCUACCUCUCAGAUUAUUCUUUCAUUCCUAAUCAACCUCAAGAUUUCGAAAAAGAAGUUACAAAAUUACAUCAGCAACAUACAGGCUUAUCUCCUGCAGAAGCCGAAUUUAAUUACCUGAACACAGCACGUACCUUAGAACUCUACGGAGUUGAAUUCCACUAUGCAAGGGAUCAAAGUAACAAUGAAAUUAUGAUUGGAGUGAUGUCAGGAGGAAUUCUGAUUUAUAAGAACAGGGUACGAAUGAACACCUUUCCAUGGUUGAAGAUUGUAAAAAUUUCUUUUAAGUGCAAACAGUUUUUUAUUCAACUUAGAAAAGAACUGCAUGAAUCUAGAGACACAUUAUUGGGAUUUAAUAUGGUGAAUUACAGAGCAUGCAAACAUUUGUGGAAAGCGUGUGUAGAACAUCACACAUUCUUUCGUUUGGACAGACCACUUCCACCUCAAAAGAAUUUUUUUGCCCAUUAUUUUACAUUAGGUUCAAAAUUCCGAUAUUGUGGGAGAACUGAAGUCCAGUCAGUUCAGUAUGGCAAAGAAAAGGCAAAUAAAGACAGGGUAUUUGCAAGAUCUCCAAGUAAGCCCUUGGCACGGAAGUUAAUGGAUUGGGAAGUAGUAAGCAGAAAUUCAAUAUCUGAUGACAGGUUAGAAACACAAAGCCUUCCGUCGCGAUCUCCACCUGGAACUCCUAAUCAUCGGAAUUCUGCAUUCACUCAAGAGGGAACCCGGUUACGACCGUCUUCAGUUGGUCAUUUGGUAGACCAUGUGGUUCAUGCUUCCCCAAGCGAAGUAUUUGUGAAUCACAGAUCUCCAUCUUCAACGCAAGCUAAUAGUAUCGUUCUGGAAUCGUCACCAUCACAAGAGACACCUGGAGAUGGGCAGCCUCCAGCUUUACCACCCAAACAAUCGAAGAAAAACAGUUGGAACCAAAUUCAUUAUUCACAUUCUCAACAAGACCUAGAAAACCAUAUUAAUGAAACAUUUGAUGUUCCAUCUUCCCCUGAAAAAUCUACUCCUAAUGGUGGUAUUCCACAUGAUAAUCUUGUUCUCAUCAGAAUGAAACCUGAUGAAAAUGGAAGGUUCGGAUUCAAUGUAAAGGGAGGAUAUGAUCAGAAGAUGCCUGUGAUCGUGUCCCGAGUAGCGCCAGGAACACCUGCUGACCUCUGUGUCCCUCGAUUGAAUGAAGGGGACCAAGUUGUACUGAUCAAUGGUCAGGACAUUGCAGAACAUACUCAUGAUCAGGUUGUCCUGUUUAUUAAAGCUAGCUGUGAGAGAGAUUCUGGGGAACUCGUACUUCUAGUUCGACCUAACGCUGUAUAUGAUGUAGUGGAAGAAAAGCUAGAAAAUGAGCCAGACUUCCAGUACAUUCCUGAGAAAACUCCACUGGAUAACGUUCAUCAGGAUGACCAUUCCCUGCGGGAGUCAAUGAGCCAGCUAGCUGAGGGGCUCAUCACUGGGACGAUUCUGACACAAUUUGAUCAACUAUAUCGGAAAAAACCUGGAAUGACAAUGUCUUGUGCCAAAUUACCUCAGAACAUUUCCAAAAAUAGAUACAGAGAUAUUUCGCCUUAUGAUGCUACACGGGUCAUUUUAAAGGGUAAUGAAGACUAUAUCAAUGCAAAUUAUAUAAAUAUGGAAAUCCCUUCUUCUAGCAUUAUAAAUCAGUACAUUGCUUGUCAAGGGCCAUUACCCCACACCUGUACAGAUUUUUGGCAGAUGACUUGGGAACAAGGCUCCUCCAUGGUUGUAAUGUUGACCACACAAGUUGAACGUGGCAGAGUUAAGUGUCACCAGUAUUGGCCAGAACCCACAGGAAGUUCAUCCUAUGGAUGCUACCAAGUCACCUGCCAUUCAGAAGAAGGAAACACUGCAUGUAUCUUCAGGAAGAUGACACUAUUUAACCAAGAGAAAAAUGAGAGUCGUCAGCUUACUCAGAUCCAGUACAUAGCCUGGCCUGACCAUGGAGUCCCUGAUGAUUCAAGUGACUUUCUGGAUUUUGUCUGUCACGUACGAAGUAAGAGGGCUGGCAAGGAAGAACCUAUUGUUGUUCAUUGCAGUGCCGGGAUUGGAAGAACCGGGGUUCUUAUUACUAUGGAAACAGCCAUGUGUCUCAUUGAAUGCAAUCAACCAGUCUAUCCACUAGACAUUGUAAGAACAAUGAGAGAUCAACGAGCCAUGAUGAUCCAAACACCUAGUCAAUACAGAUUUGUAUGUGAAGCUAUUUUGAAAGUUUAUGAAGAAGGAUUUGUUAAACCCUUAACAUCAUCAUCAAAUAAAUAAGAAAGCAAAAAGUCUGGGAUACAUGUUGGAAAACCGCUUUCCAUUAUAUUCACUGUGCCAUAAUACUGCUUGCAGGAAAAUGGCAUCUAAACAAAAACAAUGAAGAACUAACAAAAACUGAAAACUUCAGCACUGUUGCACUUUAUGUUUAAAAAAAGUCCCUCUCUCAAAAUCUGUAAUUGAUGUGUGUGAAGACUUUCAUGCUUUGCUCCGAACAAAUAGUGACUAACUGAGUGUGUUCAGGGUAAUUUAUGCAAUUCUGUGGUGGCGCCAUGCAGUCCGCUUCUGGGAGAAUUGCCACAGACAAGGCUCAGAAUUAUCAUCUCUAUUGAUAAACCUGUAUCUUGAAAGCAAAAAGAAGUCAACAUCAGGAGUCAGCUCUGGUGUUUUCCAGUGAUUCAUGUACUUACUAUACUGAUUACCAGAUUUUAUUUUUAAAAUUUUAGCAAUAUCAUUCUCAAUAUUUAGCCAGUACACUGCCUAUGGAUGCAGCACGUCUUUCCCUACACUCCCCUGUAGAGGCCUGCUGUUCGCAAGAAGAAAGGUGGAAUUUGCUUUUCCCAGGAAAUGCUGCACAUUGUCCAUUUACCAGCAUCUUACAGAAAGUAUAAAUAUGAAUCUACAGAUUUUCUUGAAUUUAAUAAUGUAACUUAUAUUUAUCAUAACGUUGGCUUAUUCCAAAUCAUGUGAUUUCACAUACUUGAUGUAAAGGAAUGCAUGCAUUGUGUCUUAACCCCUUAAGUGCCUUGAGACGUCUUUGUAUGUCUAAUGAAAAGGCACUCAUUUGACCCCACUAGGAGGUGUGUAUGUAUAUUGUACAUUUACAUUUUUAAGCAUUUUGAAUCAGUUCACGUUCUAAAAAAUAGCUCCAUGUAUUGAGAGUUAUGCAGUCAAAGAAGGAUAAGGAAAUUCUAUUUCUUCAUUCCUGUAUUUUGCCACAGGAAGCAAAGAUAAUUUGUCUUCUACCAAGUGAGCGCUCUGCUGCUGGGGAAUUGUUCACAGUCACAUUCCUUUCCUGAGGGACAAGGCUUACAGUUUAGCAGCUCAAGUCAAAACAGGCUUUAUUCUUCAAACUUCAUAUUUAUUUUAUCCCUAACUUUAGAAAUGGCAUCUAAUAUGCACAUUAAAGUUAAAUGUAUUGAUACUCUAAGCUAAAGUUAGAGCAAUUAAUUGUGAUUUAUUUCUAUCGCUAACUAAAUGAUUACCCUUCAGCAUUAAUUUCAGUUCAUAUCAAGCUUUGUUCACACUGGUCUAUUGGUUGGGAUACUUCAAACGAGGAAUGAAACGUUGUUGACUUAUUUCUAAAUGUAAUCCCUCAAUAACUGAAGUGAGGGUUUUCUUGUCAUUUUUGUGUACAAUUAAAUUACUCCAGUUGAUAGAUGCUUUUGAAGUUAUCAGCAUGUUACUGUGGAGAGUUUGGACCGUCUGGCCUGGUGGAGGGUCUGACUCCCUUUAAGGGUGUGUAUAUUCUCCUCUUCAGGUUGUUUUAUUUUUAAGUCUACAGAGAGAGAGAACUUUAAAAUUGCCCUGUUUUAAUAUAAGUGGAAAGUUGCUCGCUUAUUGAAGUGUUAUAUAACACAAUUAUUUUAUAUGGAUUAUGGCUAAAAUAGAUUCAUUUACUAGUGGUUUCUGAAUAUUUCUGUAUAGUCUUGAUAAAAUUUAGAGUUGAAUGGUAGAUAUUUUGAAAUGCCGUUUAGUAUGAGAAGAAAAAAAGGUACAUUUUAAAAUCUUGAGUAUAAUCUAAAUGAUGUUGUUUUGAAUAUUCAAAAUUAAUAAUCAUAAGUUUUAGGAAGUUAAGUCCUAAACAUUAAUAACCAAGAUACCAAAUAAAUUAUUGCAUUAAAAUAGUGUUGGGUUUUUUUAAAGAGAAAAGUAAACAUGACCAUUAUAUCAAAGAGAUUCUCUUAUCUAUUUCUGGGUUUCACAGUCAAGACAAUAUAAGAUAGUAAAUAAGUAGUCUUAUUUGAACAUUCCGUUUUCUACCAACAGAUAAAUGUAAUUGAGGCUGCUGUGUGACAUCAUGAAAAGGUAAAUCAUGUUGGGGGUCUACAUGAUUAAUAACUGCUUUCGGCAGUUGUGUUUCACCUGCAUUUUAAAAAUCUGCCUGUUCUAACUAUAUAGACAGAACAUGACAGCCAUAGAUUAAAAAGAUACAGUCAUACAGAUAGAAGCAGAGAAGUGUGAUGGUUGGCAUGUUCUUUAAUUUAGGGCUUUGUUUACACUUCUGAGAGCAACUCUAACAAUUUGUUGGCAAUGAGCACUGCUGCCUUUUUUAAUCAUUAAUGCCUGUCUUUAAAUGAUAAUAUAUUAGAAGUUUAGACUUAUGUUUAAAUUUCUCAUAUAUGAAUUUUUCAUCUGGGAGCUACCCUCUGUCAGUAUUUUUAUGUACAGAAAAGAUCCUUUUAUAAAGGCACUAAAGAUUUAUUAGGAUCUUAAAUUUAAAAGAAACUAUCCUUCACAACUUAUUAAAAUGUGUGCUAAUUAUGCUUCCCUGUACACACACCACAGAUAAGACUUUAUCCAUUACACCUGAGAAUUCUUUAACCUGUUUAUCAGUCUAAAUAGGGUUCUAGAAAUAAUCCUAGCUUUCAUUUGCCAAGUAGUUCUAGAUUCCAUUCAUAUCAGUGUAAUAUUGUGUGUUUAAAAUGCCAAAUUUCUUGUAUCUAAACUACUCUCCCCCUCCUGCAACCAAACCGCACCCCUGCUCCCCACACACACUCAAGAAAUCAGUGCUCUCUAUUAUUCUCACAAGUGGAAAUAGAUAUUGGUGAAUCAUGGGGCUUUUGUCAGUGCCAGGAAAUGUUUGUGAAAAUCUUAACUCUCUGAUUUAGGAUGAUUUUGCUAUGUUCAUUUCAAAUGUUUUAUUGAGCACCUGAUUUGCGUCAGCACUGUGUGCAUAGAAUGUGGAAUAUUUUGGAAUAGACUUUACAUUCACAAGCAGAAUUGGUAGUACUUGUUAAACCAGUGCAUCCGUCUAAAAUAGAGACAGAACAGCGUUAAGAAAGAAUUUCUUUUGUAUAGCCUGCUAACACAAGUUGAGGGGUGGGGAGUUGGUCAUUUUGAUUAAGAGUAAAGAGAAAACUUAUAUAUAAACACUUCAAAUGUAUAAAGGUAUGUUAAGCCCUUAAGACAGUUGCUUGAAGGCUUCAAGUACUGAUAUAUAAACAUAGAGAUACUUUUGUGUGUUCACAUAUUUGUGUGUUUCACAAAGGCAAAUGCUCGCAAACAGAGGUAAAGGAUUAUAUUAAUUACAGAGUUGUUUAUAAUUUGUUGGCAGGGCUGAUCAGGUCUAAUCGGAUAUUUGAGCAAAAGUCUCCCGUCUCCACUAGAAGUACUAUAACUUGAGAGCUGAAAGGAACCUGAAAGAUUUUAUCUAAUCUCACUUUCUCCUAUUUUUGACAACGUAUGUGAAUAUCAUACAUUCUUGUGAACUUUAGUCUAUUUCGGUUCAAGAAUUAUACUCAGGCAGUGUUUUCACUUAAUAACUAUGAGGACUUUAGACGAUGUCACUUAAUUUAGAAAAUAAGUAGGCUUUAAAAAGUGAUCCUAAUUAGCACCCAACUCAGUUUGCUAAUCUUGCUUCCUUGAUAGAACAUAAGCUUUUGUGAUAUUUCGGCUGAUGUAUAUGCAGUAUGAAACAUUCUGAAAUGCAAGUUAGAAGACUAAUUUUUAAAAGCGCUUAAAACAUAGAACUAAGAUUUAGAAUAUAUGUCCACUUAAAUCAAAUAACUUAUGUUUAUAAUGUGAACAUUAAUAGAAUUAAAGCAUUACUUGUUUUAUAAUCUUAUCAGGAAGGGAGAAAGAAACAAGAAUUUUUAACAAUGUUCUAUUUAAUAUCUGUGUUUAGAAUAUUUAAAAUAUUCUGAUGGUAAGGUUGCCAAAGUAGUUUUGAAUUCAUAAAAAUUAUUUAUACCACAAUAAUGUGGAAUAUGUUUACAUUUCUUUUAUUUUGUAGUAAUUUUGUAGUUCAGGUGAAUUUGCAUUUAAGUCGAUUAGAGUAAAUACAUAUGGUAAAUAUUUGUUGGAAUGAACAUCUGUUGAUACUCUGACAAGACAAAGAUAAAUUAUGCCACAGCUUGCUUUUAUGUAAAAGCUGCUACAUCAACAAAGUGUAACUACCUUAUAUCAACAUUGCUUACUUCUCACAUGUGCUUCAGCUAGCCAACUACAAUUUCUGCAACCAUUUUUCGUGUGUCUUGUUUCCUGCCAGAAAGAUAGCUAUGUUAUUGAAAACCACUGGAUUAAUUUUAUCAAAUAUCAGAAUUACUGAUCUGUUGGCAAAGAUUUAUUGGUGUGUUCACAAGUUGUGAUCACACAACACAACUGUUUUAGAAAAUUCUUAGAAAAUUAUACAGAUACAAAGGAAUUUACGUAAUAAAAAUUUUGAGGGCUAACAACUAAUAGAUAAUUUCAGCAAUUUUAUAAAGAGUCCAUGAAAUGAAUCCCUAAGUUGUAUUUUUUUUGCUUCAAUAUACUUUACAAUGUCUGCAGCCAUCAUCACCACAGUUUUUGUUAGAGCAGACUUCAUUCUUCAUAGCAAUUACUACAGUAGGCCUUUCACCGUUAUCAAAGACAGACAAGCCCUCUUUCAGCCAGAAAUUAGACAUUUUAUUUUUAUAAUCUUGGUGAAGUUGUCGUAGGUUGACACCAAAUAGUUAUUUCUAUUUCCAUAUCUAAAUUUGCUGCUAUUUAUUUGUAUGUUUUUCUACUGCGGUUUGUUGAUUUCUAAAGUUUUAUGUUAUUUUUAUUUUAGUUAUUUUUAUUUUAGUAAUCCAAGCUAAAUGUGCAGCCAGAAGUAGUAUCCACUGGGAUGCAAUCUAUCAACAUUGACUAGAUGUGGUUCAGUGCAUAAAUAAGUAAACCAAUUUUUUAAUUUACACAGUGAAAGAUAAUUAGCAAUAUUGCAAAUUAAAGGCUACAGUUUUAGGAGAAAGGUCAGAUGUUUUACUUCUUGAAACCUUUUAAAAUUUCCAAUACAAGAAUGGAAAUGUUUGAAAACCUUGUUAUGCUCAUAAAUGUUUUAGUUAAACACUGUACAAUUUUCCUAUCUAUUGUGUAAAUGAUAGAGAAAAUAUUUUUGUAUGGACAAAAGAUUGAAACAUAACUUUUACUUCGUUUAAAAAGGAAAAGAUGAUAUUUGUAUGUCUUUCAUGCUGUAAAGAAAAUGAAUGUAUCUUUCAAAUGUUAUUAGAAUUAUGAUUUAGUUCUGACGAUAUUCUGUUUUAAAAAAAAGUCAGCGAGGGAUUGAAAAGCAGGAAAGGAGAGUGUAUUUCAUUAUACAUAAUGCAAUUUUAGAAGAAAAAUGUAAUUUUCUUUAUAAACAAGCAAUUGUUAUUGAAGCAUAUUUCACAUAUAAUGUACAUUGUUCUUCAUUUUGCCUUGUUUUAGCUCUAGAAUAGAGAAUUUCAAGAAAAUUUGUGCAUACUGUUUUUAAGUAUAAAAUAAUUGAAUUCUAGACUUCUCUGGAGUGUGGAAGGGUGUUUUUAUGUGAGGGUGAACAUUCUGCUGUGUGUGUUUAUCAUGGAGGAAAGUUCUCAGGCUUUGUCCCUGGAAGCUACAAAUGAGGACAUCAUUGUGAAAGUGCUAUCUGAAGCCAGAAAACCGUGCCUGAGACUCAGCACAGUGAAUACAUGCAGAGGCCCCUGACAGAUCGUUUUACCUUUUUAUUCUCAAGAUCUUGGACAGCUAGCACCACUGAGCCCAACUCUGACUUGUAGCACUGGUGUCUUAUAGGCUUAAGGGUUUAUUAAUGCAGCCGAACAAAAAACCGAAAACCCUGCAUUUAAACCAACAUCUUUAGGCAUGAUUAAUUUGUUCAACAGUUUCUUGAAAAGGUGGUAUUCAUUAUUUAUCACUCAUUAAACUUCACUCAUUGGGGCCUUCAUUAUUUUCACCCCUGCUUCCUUCCCUCCAACUUGUAAAAAAUCAUUGGUAUCCCUUUACAGUAGAGUCUUUGUGAAGUAAAUACUCUGAACAACUAGAAGGUGAUACCUUCCUUCGUUAACUCUUGUUAACAAUUGUUAUAAACUUAGUAUCAGGCCCAGUCAACCCUGGGAGUUUCCAAAAUUUAACAUAAUUACUUGUGAUAACCUCAAAGCCAUCAAGGAAACUCAGCCCUGCUUACAAUCUUAGACCCAAAUGGAGGGUGAUAUGUGGUUUCCCCAAAUCCACUGUAGUCACAGUUGAGCCCAUUUUACCUUUUAUUUUAAAAGAAACUUUCUAGUUGUUAUUCCUGAAUUGUAGUGCUCCAAUUAUUUGCCUUCCUGGGCAAGAAAAUUUCAGCCCAAAUGUGGGAUUCUCUGGCACCUAUCUUUUCCCAACUUUCAGUGAGUUGAUAAGAUUAUUCCUUUUUUCUUGUAUACUGUAGAGUAGGUCAAAUUUCAGUGCUGACAUUGAUUUUUUGAAUUUCAAAUACUAGCACUUUAUUUCAUGCUUACUACUGACUUAAUUUAUACAUUUAAAAGUAAAAUCUACGAGUUUUGUAAAUAUGGAAAAGAUUUAAUGGAUUAAUAUGUAGAAUUAAUUGGAUUGGACCCAAGUUUAAAUGCUUUACGAUGAUCUCUUGACCAUUUGAUAUUUAAAAGGUAGCUGGUGUGACUUGACCUUUGCCACUUUUCUGUAGUUUAUUUAGUACAAUAAAGGCUACCUGGCAGACUGUCUUGCUGGACUCAGUUCCCUCAGCUACCCUCAAACAAGUUUGGUUUACGAUGAUCAUUUCUGCUCUGCAAUUUUGUACCAUUAUAUGAAUACUUGGAAGUUCGUUUGUUUAGUUUUGAAUUGUACCUGGGGUGUAAGUCAGUACUGUACGACUAGUCAGCUGAAGGGGGCAAGAUUCUGACACUUUAUAUACGUGUCAAGGGGCAGGAUUUAAGAGACUAAGAGCAGUUUACAUUAAGCUGUUUUUGUUUUCUAUCAAUAGAAUAUAUGUGCUCAAAAAGUGAGAACUGUCCCACCCAGUGUUCCUGCAGCAUCAGGAUGUUGCGGUUAGAGUCUGUAUUGUCAUCUUUUCAAAUAAGAAAAGCUAGUCUUUAUUUUCUACAGUGUAGGCUUAACAUCAGGACAGUUUACUAUAUACACUCAUCAGUGAUAUUUUUAAGUAGUAGUUUUAAAAAUAAUUAUUUCUAUGUAGAGGGUGUUUUACUUUGGGAUUUUUUUUUUCUUGUAACAGGUGCUACGUGUACAUAUGAAGGGCAAAAAGUCACUUAGUUAAAAAUCUAGUUUAUUUCCUAAUUAAAAUAGAAUUUUACGUUUUCUGCCAUUUCACGUUUGAUUGUACUGACCUAAUAGCAAAAUGGAAUUAGCUCCUUAAUUUUUGAACUUUUUCCCCUAUUUGACACAAAUAUCUCUUUCCAUAUGGUUUGUUCCCAUAAUUAAGAGACAAAGAAGCUGAGGGUUUAUUUAAAAUGUGUAAGUUUGAAUUUGGUCAACACUGGGUAAUUUGAAAUCAUCACUAUGCAUUUGCCAGUGCAGCUUGCUGUGUGCUUAAGAGGCCUUGUGUAUUUGUCUUGAUUAAGUGAAACAUUAGCAUUCCUGCAAUUCAUGUAAAAAAAUCUUUGAAUACUAACAGCAAACAGGAUAAAAAUGUUGGUUUGCAUUGAAACUGUUUUAGUCCUAAGAGCGACCUAUGUUAUGUGAAAUGCUAUUACAUAUACUAUGUUGGCCACAUUUCAUUUUGAUUGAGAAAUGGUUGUUCAGGUACAAACGUGAAAAAACUCUAGCUGUGACUUAAUUGUUCACUUGCAAAAUAAAGAUGUGCUUUAGUAAUUUAAA